CACCCCGAGCCCCCAAGCUUACACUCACCAAACCAUCGAUCCUAUCGUCCGCGAUGAAGACGCCGUAUGCCCUCAUCGCAUCUCUCGCUCUUGCGGUGGCAACGCCGGCCUCUGCGGGCCCCAUCGCCUACGGACUCUGCCAGACAGGUGAGGCGUAUCAUGAUCGGCAUGAACCGUACCUACACCAUCGGUAAUUCGCCGUCGCUGUCUACAGGAUGUAACACUGUCGUUGUGGCAUGCUACGCUGCCGCCGGGUUCACAUUCGGAACCGUUAUUGCGGCCCCGGCGGUGCCCGCCGUCAUCCUGGGUUGUAACGCCGCCCUCGGUACCUGCGCCGCAACAUGCGCGACUGUCGCGCUAUUUGCGCCAACCCCAUGAAGACUGGACGGUAAGGACUUUGCUUGGGUAGCAUGGCGUCUGCAGGGAGACUAACGCCACGACUUCGCAGCUUCGCCUCCAACGACGACUGUGACGACGACGAGCGGCGGUUCAGCCGUCUGCUCUUUCCUGUGCCAUGAAGUGUUCUUAUAUCGCUGUCCUGUAUCGAUGCCCGAAGCGUAUGAAAGUGAUAUACCAUUGACAUUUGGGAGCUAACUGACCUGACGCAC